GAAGAAAAAAUCCAAGAUGGCUUCCCAAACUGGUUUGAAAGAAGUUGUGUCUCUUUAUCAAACUCUCAUAAAAGAGUGGAAUAGAAAACCCGUUGAUCUUGAGAAGGUUGGAAAGCUUCUCUCUGGGAUGAAGAUGGCUUUGAUCCAGUUUUCAUUCUUACCAACUUCGUCGAGCAAACCAACCCCACAGGAACUUCUUUUAGCAAGAGAUGCACUAGAAAUUGGUGUUCAAUGGAGCAUUCUAAAGAACGACAUACCAUCAUUUGAAAGAUACAUGGCACAGUUGAAACCAUAUUACCUUGAUUACAAGGGUACUCUUGAGGAAUCAGCUUAUAUGUAUCAGCUUCUUGGGCUGAAUUUGUUGUCUCUUCUUGCACAGAAUCGUCUUGCAGAGUUUCAUACAGAACUGGAACUUUUGCCUGCCAAAGAACUUCAGAACAAUGUGUACAUUAAACAUUCUGUCUCCCUUGAACAGUAUCUUAUGGAGGGAAACUACAACAAGGUCUUCCUGGCCAGGGGAAAUGUACCAGCUGACAACUACCAUUUCUUUAUGAAUAUUCUUCUAGAUACUCUCAGAGAUGAAAUAGCAGCAUGUACAGAAAAAGCUUAUGCACAUAUCUCCUUCCCGGAGGCUGCAAGGAUACUGUACUUUGAGAGUGCAAAAGAUAUGGCAGCUUUUGCUCAAAAGCGAGAGUGGACUCUAAAGGAAGAUAAAUACUACUAUUUUGAACCGGAAACAGACAAAGAAAUGAAACAAGAAAUUCCUUCUUACAAAAUGAUAAAGAACAUGCUGGAGUAUGCCAAAGAACUUGAGAGAAUAGUUUAAAAGAAGAUGUAACAGUAAACAACUCAGAGACAGCUGAGCAAUGUACAGUACACUUUUUAUUUCAUUUGUAGUGUCAGUCAUGUAAGUGAACAAAUAAAAUACAAUAACUCAAUAUUA